UGUUGGCCGCAUCAGGGGACUUAUUAUUGGACAACUUUAUUUACGACGGUCUACAUGUCCGUUUGUGUCGUUUGUGUGUCCGUGAUGUGUAGGGAGCGUAAUGUUGUCGAGACCUUCGACAAGCGUCAGCGUGAGUCCCGAGACGCAGAUGCGCUUGAGUCCCGAAAAGCACAUGCGCUUGGCAAAACCGUUUUCACCUUAUGCGACAUCGGUGCGGCAUCAUGACGGUCAAACGUGGACCGACGAAGCAGCCAAGGAGGACUUCGACUUCGACGAGGACCCAUGGAUGCCUGUCAAACCGUACAUGAACUGGCAUCUCGACGAAUGGAACGAUAAUGAUUGGAAGGCGAUGGAGCGUGCCUGCCCUUGGGCAAGCCAUUACAAGUUUGCCAACAUGUUAGAGUUCGGGAGCCUUAUUGCACUGCCUGAUGGUGUCCUCCAGCGAAAGACCGUGGACGAUAAGGGUAAACCGAUCCGCUACCGUACCAGCUUCAGACGUCGCCUCGGCUGCGAGUACAUCACAUCUUCGCCACGAACUUGGGGAAGUUCGCAGAAGCAAGAGUUGGUGGACUGCGCUCGUCAUUAUUCAUUCUUGGAACACUACCCACUCCGUUGCCCAGGGACUUCUCCACAAGCUCUAUCGUACUGUUGUGUGCGGUUGACGGAUGACGGAUGUCCUUUCGCCAGAGUGCUAUGUGUGGCUUCUUCAAGCAAAAGUAGGAAACUUGUGGAUGCGGUUGUGCUUGUGUCACGCAACAAGAUUGUGCUUCAGGGAUCCAAGUUCAAGGCGGUCAUGUCUCGCCCAGAUGUAGAUGGGCGGUCAGACUUGAUGGUGCAGUGUAAGGAGAAGACUAUGCAAGUUGCGAGUGUUUCCAUCUCCACGUUGUGGUGACAAGAGUAAAUGUUCUAAAUGGAU